CAGGAUUUUGUGAGCAGAACCCCAUACUGGUUAGAGCAGAACCCGAGGGAUGUGGUUGUUUAACAGAAAAGGACCAUCUGGGUUCUCACCAUCUUCCACGGCUGAGGAAGUCACUCAUGGGAUUGAUGGAACUGGGCUCACUGCCAUUGUUUCAGGAGCAUCUAGUGGCAUUGGUACAGAAACUGCACGUGUUCUUGCACUACGUGGUGUCCAUGUAAUUAUGGGUGUCAGGAAUAUGGCUGCUGGUAGAGAUGUUAAAGAAGCAAUUGUUAAGGGAAUCCCUUCUGCUAAAGUUGAUGCCAUGGAGUUGGAUCUCAGUUCACUGGCAUCAGUGAGGAAAUUUGCAUCAGAUUUCAAUUCCUCAGGUCGUCCACUGAAUCUCCUGAUUAACAAUGCAGGAAUCAUGGCCACUCCUUUCAAGCUUUCCAAAGACAGCAUAGAACUACAUUUUGCAACAAAUCAUCUGGGUCAUUUUCUUUUGACAAAUCUCUUGUUGGACACAAUGAAGAAAACUGCACGGAAAAGUAAAAGAGCAGGGCGAAUUGUAAAUGUUUCAUCAGCAGCUCAUCAUUUGACGUAUUCUGGGGGAAUUCGUUUUGAUAAGAUCAAUGAUCAAUCAGGGUACGGCAGAUUUGUUGCAUAUGGCCAAUCAAAGCUAGCUAAUGUUUUGCACGCUAAUGAACUUGCAAGACGUUUUAAGGAAGAGGGAGUGGAUAUAACUGCGAAUUCACUUCAUCCAGGAAUGAUUGCCACCAAUAUUGCGCGUCAUAUGGGCGUUGUCAACGGCAUUGCUGAUAAAAUUGGUAAACUUGUACUCAAAAGUGUCCAGCAGGGAGCUGCUACAACAUGCUAUGUGGCAUUGCAUCCACAGGUAAAGGGAGUUUCGGGUGAAUAUUUUGUGGACAGUAAUAUUGGGAAAGCAAGCAAGAAGGGUAGAGAUGCCGAUUUGGCAAAGAAACUAUGGGAUUUCAGCAUGAAUAUGGUUAAAUGACAUUGUCAUGCCAUGGUACUUGCUAUAUAUCUACAAAAGGAAAAACAAAUAAAUAAGUGGUAGGGUG